AUGACGAUAUCCGGAGAUGCCGUGACCAGGAUCGAGGCCGCCGCUGACGCCAGCAAUGGCGUCGGCGAUGGCACCAAGAAACGCCCCUAUCUCGUCUUCUGCUCGGCGCCCGCCUCCGGACACACAUACCCCGUCCUGCAGAUCGCCGCAGAGAUGAUCCAGCGAGGCUUCGAGGCCUCCUACAUUGGCGGCGAGGAGUUCCACCCCCAGAUCAAGCGCAUGGGCGCCGAGUUCGUCCCGCUACCCUCGAUCCUGUCUCCGGAGGUGAUGGAGGCGCGCAACAAGGUCCCCGCCGGCAACGCCCGCCUCAUGUGGGAUCUCAGCAAUAUCUUUAUCAAGUGGGUGCCCGAUCACUUCCGCGUCUUGAUGGAGACGCUUGAGAGAGUUCGAGAGGAGCGUCCAGACCAGCAGGUCAUUGUCGUCCACGAGUCGUUCUUCAUGGGGCUUACGCCGCUGAUGCUCGGGGCCCCGUUGCCCAAGGGAUACAACACACGACCACCCGUGAUUGAUAUCAACGUCGCUCCCAUCGUCGUCUCGAGCAUCGACACUGGUCCGUUCGGCCCCGGUCUGCCCCCCGACUCGACCGAGUCCGGCCGCGCGAGAAAUGCGCUCCUCAACGGCAUGUUUUUCGGCCCAGACGGCCCCUUCGCCGCACCGGCAAAGGAGUACAACGCCGUCACCAAGUCCCUCGGGGCGACGGAAGAGCUCCCGCCGGCCCUGUUCGAGGCAUGGCAGACGAAAUACGACGUCACGCUGCAAAUGUGCACGCCAAGUCUCGAAUAUCCCAGAUCCGACCUCCCCAGCGUCAUCAAAUACGCAGGCUGCCUCCCACCCAAGCCCAUCGACCCCAACUACCAGUACCCGGAGUGGUGGGGCGAGAUCACGGCCGGGAACAAGAAGAUUGUCGGCGUCACGCAGGGCACCAUCGCGCUGGACUACACAAACCUCGUCGUCCCCGCGAUCCAGGGCCUGGCCCACCGCGACGACAUCAUAGUCGUCGCCAUUCUAGGUGUCAAGGGCGCGACGCUGCCCGAAGAGGUGGCGGUACCGGCCAACGCGCGGGUCGUGGACUUCAUCUCGUACGACGCCCUGCUCAAGUUCGCCGACGUGUGGGUCAUGAACGCUGGCUACGGCGGCUUCAUGCAUGGCAUCAUCAACGGCGUGCCCAUGGUCCUCGGCGGCGACACUGAAGACAAGCCCGAGGUCGCCAUGCGAGGGCAGUGGGCCGGGGUGGCGCACAACCUCAAGACAGGCAACCCGACGCCACAGCAGGUUGCCGAAGGCGUGGAGGAAGUGCUUGCAAACGACAAGUACAAGAAGCGGGUGUUGGAGAUCAAGAAGGAGAGCGAGGAGCUGAAGGCGCUGGAUUUCAUAGAGAAGCACAUCUGGGAACAUGCAGAUGCCGCGUAG